GGUCGGACAGAAUCUCAUUCAACAAUUUGCGCCAUCUCUCCUCACCCGCUUUUCCAAGUCCCUGAUUCUGAUUAAGAUGCUCCAAUUAUAUCUCACUAUACCCCCCUCGGAUGAGAACGGAGACAAUAAUUUAGUUGAUCAGACAAAAUCUCAUCUAAAGGAGCUAGAAUCUGUUUUAUGGUCUUUGAUAUCAUCUGGGCAUCUAUCUGAAGCUCGUCUUUGGCUUUGCAACUCACUGGCAGACAUAAGUUCUGUGACUCCCCUUCAUCAGCAGGAACUAUUUCUGGCCUUGUUAAGGUCAAAGAAAGUCAAACAGCAGCGCCUGGCGGCACAAAUUUUACAAUUAAUUUUUGACAAGCAUCCACACAUAGCUGGACCAAUCAUUUCAAAGAAAAGUUACUUGCUAGAAGAUUUCUUCAAAGGGAACUCAAAGCAUAUACUGCAGUGGUUCUCUAACUUUGGAGGGUCUGUUGGUAUGCAUGGUAAAGGAGCUAAGGCACUUUCCCAAUUCGCCUUUGUGAAUCGUGACAUUUGUUGGGAGGAGCUUGAGUGGAGGGGCAAACAUGGGAAAUCACCAGCCAUGGUUGCCACAAACCCUCAUUACUUUCUUGAUCUUGAUGUUGAGAGAACCGUAGAGAACUUUCUUGAAUAUGUACCUGAAUUCUGGUCAUCUGUUGACUUUUCAGAGUCAUUAAAAGAUGGUGCAAUUUUGUCAAUAGAUAAGAAUUUUUUCAUUGAAAUGUUUCUUGACCUAAUGUAUAAAGACAAUAUGAAGGAUGUAUGGGAAAUUAUUGAUAGUUUUUUGAAGGGAGAGUCUUUUUCAACUCUAUGUCAUCACCUUCUUGUUGCGCUUGAGGAGGAAGAACUAGCUGUUCUCUUAGAUUUGAUCCCCAGAUAUCUUAACCCAUGUGUGGAAACCGUGAAGUGUGAUAAACCAUCUUCUUGGCUUGAGAUGAUGCUUUCGAAGUGCCAUGGCAAUAAUUCCAUCGACCAGCUACUCUUGUUGAAUGCCAUUACAAUUCAAAGCCGUCAACUUUUGUUACUAGUCCGCGAAGAAGCUGGUGAGGAGGAAAAAGAAAAGAUAAAAAAUAUUGCUUCCCAGAUUUGUACACUCGAAAAUAUUGGCUUUGAUACAAUUCUUAAAGAGUGUGCUAAAAGGAAAUCCUUAGAGAUGAUGAAAUUGCUGGGUUUGCAGGCUUGGGCUAUGCAUUAUCAGCUGUUAGAAGCUUAUCAGACCAUUGAUUCUUGGGAAUCCUUGUUUGCUUGUAACAGAAUAGGGUUUCGCAAGUGUGGAAGGUACUCAUUGUUAAAUCAUGAUGAAAUUCUGGCAGAGAGCGAGUCUGAUGGAGAUUUGAGGUCUUCAAGUAGAACUAAACGAAAGAGGAGCAGAACUCAUCAGAAGAAGAAAAAGAGGUGGAAUUUUGACCCCAAAGAGAUAGUAGAUUUUGAGGAGGAUGUGUUCGAUGUUUUGCAAAAUAAAGAUUGUAACUGGUUGCUCUCUACUGAUGGGUAUUCCUUCACUUGGAGCAGUGUAGACCUACCAGGACAUUUGUCGAAUUACUGUUUUUGUACAUGGCUGAAAUUCAUCUUUAGCAAGUGAAGAGAUUUUUACUCUAAUGUUUGCCACAAGAGUGUGUGAUUGGCCAAAGACUCAUCUGGUUACCUGAAACAUCUUUCAUUAUUGACACAAUGUGAUAAAAGUUUGACCUUACUAAAUGGAUCAUAAUAUCAUAUCAUCCAUUGGGUUGCCAUAUCACGGAUUACCACGAAAGGAGUAAUGUUUUGUCCUCACAGUGUUGGCGAAUCAUUCAAACGAAUUUCGAGUACCAAGUUUUGGUGAAUCACAAACUUCAGAGCUCUACUGUCAUGCCUCGUUUGUCCUAGUUCUUCCUCUUACUGAGAUUUGGCUUUUGGAAGGACACAGUGACCUGUUUGUGAUCUUUCAUCUUCACGUAAUUGACAUUGGGUGUUAUUAUGCCGUGUGACAAUGGUAGGAUUUCAGAACCAAAUAUACAACAGACCUGGAUUUUCCUGUUGGCGAUUGUCAUACAUAAAUAUUACCAACUGCAUAUUUUCUAAAAAAAGUUGAAUAAUUAUAGCAAUUUAGAAGCAAUGGUGUGGAAGGGAGGAGACUGCAGCACCCCCGCGUAGUGCGUAAAACAUUAUUGCUAUUGGGUAGAAAACGUGAACUCUUUUUCCAUAGGUGUGUAAUAUUGGGAACAUCAAAAUAUGGCAAGGCGACUUUUCAAGUCAGUUUAGAAUUAUUAUGAUUGUCCUUUUGCUGUAAGUGAAAUAAAAUGCUUUUGGUAGAAGGGGGCUGCAUCCUUGGGUAUUAAGGACACUACCCUUGUAACUAGAAGUUACAAAGGGUUUAGUGGAACAAUGGAUAGAGGAACCAGACUAAUGUCAAUUACUUACUGCAUUUACUUUCCUGUACUUAGGAAUCUAACUCUCAAGAGUGUGGACUCUAUGACUUAACAGAUUUCGCUUAAGAGACUUCGAAGACAAAUUUUCCUUAGCGUGUUUCCAGGCUUCCCGAAUCAGACUUUGACAAAUCUGCUGCGGGACUAAAUGUGCUAGAUUAAGUCCAAAUCCUGUUGACGAACAGAUUCCAUCAAUAAGAAGAUAAUUCCAAGACAGUCUAUUUGUCCAUAUGUUUAACCUGUACCAACAAGUGGUAUUAGAGCCUACUUAUUCUUGUAAUCUUAUGGGUUACUAUCUUACCAAAGAUUCACUUUUUAAUGCUUUUGUUGAUUACCUUUAUACUUGACAUGGAUAACACUUCAGCAAAUAACUUGGGUUACAGUACAGAA